AUAUGACAUGACAUAACAAUCGCCUUGUUGUUUAACUAUCAGUGUUUGAUUAUAUUCUACUAUAAUCUAUUAUUAUUUCAACUACUUUCUAAAGAAUAACUUAAAGCUUGAUAAGUCUGCGACCAUAAUAUUUAUGUACGAGUAUAGGUAACACAAAAUGUCUGACAACAUAGAAAACCCCGACGUGCCGAGCUCACCCAAAAUUGAAUUUAAAAAGCCAAUACUUUUCGGAAAGAUCGGUAAACUACCAAAAAAGUCGAAAGCGGAACCUAGUGCAAUAGAGGAAAAGAAAGAUGAGGAAAAAAAUGAAAAUACGACUGAAGGUCACUCAAAAAGUUCUUUACCGCCAGCAGUUUUGCUAAAAGAAUUAUCAAUUCCUAUACCAUACAAGGAGCCAAAAUGGUCUGGAUUUUGUCCGGAAGGAUCGGACUACGCUUUGGAGGUACUGAAAUCGGGUAUGAUCAUGGAAAAAAUCGAUCUUACGAAAAAAGCCUUCUAUGUAUUUGGACGUCUUGCCAAUUGUGAUGUUGUUAUGGCGCACCCAACAAUAUCCAGACAUCACGCUGUUCUCCAAUACAAGGCCUUCGCUAAUGACGACGAGCCAGCAUCUGGGUGGUAUUUAUUCGACCUGGGAAGCACCCACGGCACGUUCCUGAACAGGGAUAGAAUAAAGGAGCAACAUUACACGAGGGUCAGGGUGGGACAUCAGAUUAAAUUUGGUUCUAGCACAAGAACUUACAUUGUAUUGGGUCCAGACUUUGAUGCUGAUGGUGAAUCAGAACUGACAGUCACCGAAAUAAGACAAAGGGCGCUCAACAUGAAGCUGGAGAGAGACAGAAUGAUAAGAGAAGCCAUAGAGCAGAGGGAGAGGGAUAGAGUGGAGGAAGAAAGGAGGAGGGAGGAACAGGGAAUUGACUGGGGGAUGGGCGAGGACGCUGAUGAUGAACCGGAUCUGUCAGAGAACCCAUACGCCUGUACAGCAAACGAGGAGCUGUUCCUGGAUGAUCCAAAGAAGACACUAAGAGGUUACUUCGAGAGGGAGGGUUUAGAAUUGGUGUACGACUGUGAUGAACGAGGAAUUGGCCAGUUUCUGUGCAGAGUGGAGCUCCCGCUAGACGACGCCAGAGGCAGGCCGCUUGUAGCGGAAGUGCUUCACAAAGGAAAGAAAAAGGAGGCUGUGGUGGCUUGCGCUCUAGAAGCCUGCAGGAUACUUGACCGAGCUGGGUUGCUACGACAAGCCAAACAUGAGUCCCGCCGUAAGAAACAGCGUGACUGGUCGGCGGACGACUACUACGACUCAGACGAUGACACCUUCUUGGACAGGACCGGGAGUGUGGAGAAGAAGAGACAGGCCAGGAUGGAGAAGAACGGACUGAAGGACACUGAGAAACCACUCACAUACGAGGAUCUGCUCAGACAGAUAACGGACAUUGAGAACAAAAUAGCAUCAGAAGAGAAGAUUCUAGAAGGUCUGCGAGCGAAGAGCAAGCAGAGUGAGCUGGUCGACCACGAAGAGGAUGCCUUGGACGAGUUCAUGAACACUCUGCACACGGGACACAGCAUGGCUCACAAGGCUGAGAUAUCCAAAGCCAAGAUGAGCAUACAGAAGCUAAAAACCGAUCUGUCAAAAACCCGUCGCCUGUGCGAACUGGCUCGCCCCGCGGACGCUCCUCCCCUCCUCAAGAAGGACAGCACACCCGCCAUUAAACAGACACACGCCGUCACAUACGGCAAGAGGAUACGGUUAAAAGACGACAAACCGAAGCCAAAGAUCAUCAAACAGAGCAAGCGAGAAGAGGAGUUCGUUGAGGAAAUGGACUCCGACGAAGAUAGUGAAACAAAAUGCACACCUAUCAAGGAAACUGAAAGCAAAUCUGAUAGUCCAGUCAGAAAAGACAGCGAUGGCUCUGUGGCUGUGGAGACGAAGAAAAUGUACGGCCCGAUGAGGCCGCCGGAGAAUUAUGUUGUACCAGAAAAUUAUUACGACGAAGCAACUGACAGGGACCUGCCGGAAAUAGAAGAAGGAGUUGAAUAAAACGUUGUCCGAAA